AUGGGUGAGCGUCGAAAGUUAGGAGAUGUCGCCUUAGACAUUGUCCUUUUCGCUGGCAUGAUGACAGCUGGUCUCUACGUUGCUCGCACGUUUCUGAAUCCAAUCUUAAGCAACCUAGUCGAUCCUGAUAAAGAAAAGCAUGAUCAAGCGAAGCGCCAGGCCAAAGCUCAUCUUGAUCGCUUAAGUCGGAGGCGACAUAUUGAUGGCAUUGGAGACAAUGGGGCCGAUGGCGCUCGGGGGAGCGCGCGAGUUGAAGAACUAGUCCUGAACGAAUACGAAAAUCUAAUAGCACUGGAAAUGGUGGCGCCAGAUGAUAUUCAUGUCGGUUUUGAUGAUAUCGGCGGUCUGGAUAUGAUUAUUGAGGAACUGAAAGAGUCUGUCAUCUAUCCAUUGACAAUGCCUCAUCUCUACCAGCAUGCCGCUUCGCUGUUAUCUGCACCAUCUGGUGUUUUGCUGUAUGGACCGCCUGGUUGCGGUAAGACGAUGCUAGCCAAAGCUCUUGCCAAGGAGAGCGGCGCAUCAUUUAUCAAUCUUCAUAUAUCAACACUCACCGAAAAGUGGUACGGCGAUUCCAACAAGAUAGUCAGAGCCGUUUUCUCGUUGGCUCGCAAGAUGCAACCGGCGAUCGUAUUCAUCGAUGAGAUUGAUGCCGUUUUAGGCACACGGAGAAGUGGCGAACAUGAGGCCAGCGGCAUGGUGAAAGCCGAAUUCAUGACGCUGUGGGAUGGAUUGACAUCAAGCAACUCUUCUGGCAUACCAGCACAGAUAGUCGUGCUUGGCGCUACCAACCGCAUACACGACAUUGAUGAAGCAAUUCUCCGACGAAUGCCCAAGAAGUUCCCCAUAACGUUGCCUGCAUUGGAACAAAGACGCCGAAUCUUACAACUAAUCCUGAAAGACGCCAAGGUGGAUGCCGAACAGUUUGACUUGGAUCAUGUGGCUAAACUCACCGCCGGGAUGUCGGGAAGUGACAUCAAAGAGGCUUGUCGCGAUGCUGCUAUGGCUCCUGUGCGAGAAUAUAUGCGACAGCAUGGCCGUGAUGGUUCUAAAAGACCAGUUGAUCCAGCUCAUUUCCGUGGAAUCAGGACUGAUGAUUUUCUUAAACACUCAAGUGAUCAAUAUUUGAUAGAUGUGCUUCAACAGCGACAGAACGGGUCUAACAAUAUUCUAGCAAAUGAUGCGCUCGCAGAGAUUGACGAGACGUUUGUUGAGCCCCAGGACUGA